AUGUUGCCGCGCGCCCGGAGUAGCUCCGGCUACCGCGGCGUCCGCAUCCGCCCCUCCGGCAUGUUCUACACGGAGAUCCGCUCCGGCGACAUGCGUCUCAGUCUCAGGACGUUCGAGACCGCCCGCGCGUACGACGCAGCGGCAUGGCGCCUCUCGAGGCCACGUUCCCAGAUGAACUUCGAGGACGUGUGGACAUGCCUGCAGGCGCAGGACCUCGCGCCUCCGUCGCGGCUAAUAACCGACGAGGACCGCCGUGAACACCGUAGGCGGGAGCGCCGCCUCCUCAUCGCCGAGGCGGACGAGUACGCCAUAGCGGAGUGGCGCCAGCGCUUUCCGCAGGACGUCGCCACCGAGAAUGCCUUCUGGGCGGAGAGGAGGGCAAAGCGAGCCGUGGAUCAGGCGGACAGGCGUGAGCGGAAGGCCCUGGUGAUAGUGCAGUGCGAACUGGGAGCUGCGUCGACUUUUGAUGACAACGAUCCUCAGUGGGAUGACGCGUUUCUGUCGUCGGACUACACCACCAAGGAGGAGGACGACGAGGAGUAG